CUCUGAGCCGCGGGGUCGGUGCUAGACCGGCCACCCCCAGGAUCCCCAACUGAGCGUUGAACCCGUUCUUGCGCGCUUUCCAGCCUAACCUAGCCGAAGCUUUCCCGCAUCUGAGUCCAGAUCCCAGCAUGCCUUUGGGGACAUCCCAGUGUGAAGCUGGUUCUGCAGAGUGCCCUCAGCACCCCGAGAUGCACUCAGGGAAAGGACACCUAGAGAAGGGCUCUUCGGGGGACAGUGAGCGCCUAUGGAUCCCACCCGAUACCCCAAGCCGAUGUACCUGGCAGCUGGGCAAGCCCAUGGCAGACUCCCCUCAUUAUCACACAGCACCGACAAAAUCUCCAAAAAUUUUGCCAGAUAUUCUGAAGAACAUUGGGAACACCCCCAUGGUCAGAAUCAACAAGAUUUCAAAGAAUGCAGGACUCAAGUGUGAGCUGUUGGCCAAGUGUGAGUUCUUCAACGCGGGUGGGAGUGUGAAGGACCGCAUCAGCCUUCGGAUGAUUGAGGAUGCUGAGCGAGACGGCACCUUGAAGCCUGGGGACACGAUCAUUGAGCCGACUUCUGGGAACACAGGGAUCGGGCUGGCUCUGGCAGCUGCUGUGAAGGGCUACCGCUGCAUUAUCGUGAUGCCAGAGAAGAUGAGCAUGGAGAAGGUGGAUGUGCUGCGGGCCCUGGGAGCUGAGAUCGUGAGGACCCCCACCAAUGCGAGGUUCGAUUCCCCCGAGUCUCACGUGGGAGUGGCAUGGCGACUGAAGAAUGAAAUCCCCAAUUCUCACAUUCUGGACCAGUACCGCAAUGCCAGCAACCCUUUGGCGCACUAUGAUGACACGGCCGAGGAGAUCCUGCAGCAGUGUGAUGGGAAACUGGACAUGCUGGUGGCUUCAGCGGGCACAGGUGGCACCAUCACAGGCAUCGCCAGGAAGCUGAAGGAGAAGUGCCCCGGAUGUAAAAUCAUUGGUGUAGAUCCUGAGGGGUCCAUCCUUGCGGAGCCUGAGGAGCUGAACCAGACAGACCAAACAGCCUAUGAGGUGGAAGGGAUCGGCUAUGACUUCAUUCCGACCGUCCUGGACAGGGCGGUGGUGGAUAAAUGGUUCAAGAGCAACGACGAGGAGUCCUUCACCUUUGCCCGCAUGCUCAUCGCCCAGGAAGGGCUGCUGUGUGGUGGAAGUUCAGGCAGCGCCAUGGCUGUGGCCGUGAAGGCUGCCCAGGAGCUGGAGAAAGGACAGCGCUGUGUGGUCAUCCUGCCUGACUCUGUGCGGAACUACAUGUCCAAGUUCCUGAGUGACAAAUGGAUGCUGCAGAAGGGUUUCAUGAAGAAGGAGCUCUCCGUGAAGAGGCCUUGGUGGUGGCAUCUACGUGUUCAAGAGCUGAGCCUGUCAGCGCCACUGACUGUGCUGCCCACGGUCACCUGUGAGCACACCAUCAGCAUUCUCCGGGAGAAGGGCUUCGACCAGGUGCCCGUGGUCAACGAGUCAGGGGCCAUCUUAGGGAUGGUGACUCUUGGAAACAUGCUGUCAUCCCUGCUUGCUGGGAAGGUGCAGCCAUCAGAUGAAGUCUGCAAAGUUCUCUACAAGCAGUUCAAACCGAUCCACCUGUCCGACACACUGGGCACACUCUCCCACAUCCUGGAGAUCGACCACUUCGCCCUGGUGAUCCAUGAGCAGAUCCAGUCACGAGACCAGGCCUGGUCAGGAGUGGUGGGGGGGCCCACAGACCACAGCAAUGGCCUGUCCAGCAAGCGGCAGAUGGUGUUUGGGGUCGUCACUGCCAUUGACCUGCUAAACUUCGUGGCAGCCCGUGAACAGAACCAGAAAUAGAACCCGAAAGUUGGGACUGGCUUCCAUCCUCCCUGCUGGGACCUCUUGGCUUUAGAGACACCGACUAGUCAUGCCCAAGUGCAACAGGCAGCACAAACAGGUGGCUGUUUAGACCAGCUGCAGAGGUCCAGCCUCCCUGCUAACAUUCACCUUCUUAACUGAAUCCCGAGCCUGAGUACCUUACGUGGGUGUCCUCUGGUGUCACAGAAGAACUGAGGGGUGUCAGCCGUGCAACUGUGACAAGCCUGAGGGGGCCAGCAAGUGUCCUCCAUAGAGAAGGGUCUAGCAUGGGGAAGGGCAAACCCUGGACCGACUUUGUGUCCAUCAUCAGGGGCGGUGUUGUUCUCAGCAUGGGAGCACGUGGGUUUUAAUGAUGGUGUAGUUCCUGUGACCCGAGACCCACAGCUUUGAACAGAGUGCCCACGGUGUCACCACUUAGGCCAUGCCUCCUGUCAAGCAGCUCUGGCUCACCCUCCCAUGCACCCCUGACAAGUACUUACCCCACUUUCUGUCUCGAUGGGUUUCCCUGUCCUGGGCACUUCCUAUUAAAUGGACUCACACA